AUGCAGAACGCUGCCUUGGACAAUGCGACAAAGCAGCUGGAUCAAGUCAUUGAUCAGGCUCGACACAAACAUAAUCAACAUCGUAACAAAUUCAAGGAGGCCAUCGACUAUCUCGACCAAAUAUUCGAAGAUCUUAAGAAAGAGGUAGAUACGGGUGUUGAGGAUAAGGUCAGGGACCGCGAUGGAGCUCCCGUUACAGCACAACAAUCGACGACGAAAACUUCACCACCCGAUAACAUUCGGUAAGA